CUCACAGAAGCAUACUAGAAAAGGGAUAACAUAGGCCGUAGGCCUUCUGUCCUUACCACACAAAUCUAAAUCUAGUCAGUUGAUGGAUAUUUUGAAGGACGCUUUCGAGUCACUCAAAGGUUCAUAAAUUAUGGUCUCACCAAAAAUUAUUAAGGUCACUUUAACGUCGCUAAAAGGUCGUCCAUAAAUUAUAGUCACUGAAUUUGUUUGUUCUUUCCCUUUUCUGUAGUUCUUCGUUAUUCUUCCUGGACAAGCGUAAGUUUCACUGUUAUGAACAGUUAGUCAACGUUUACAAAAGUUCCUAGAAGACUCUUAGUUUCUGAUAUGUAAGUUAAGGGAUCCCAUUAUAUUGUGCAUUUGUUUGAAAACAAACAAGUGUUGUCUAUGUGUAUAGAUACUUAGAAUACAGACCAAUGGGAUCAUGUUCAAAUUACGAAUAUUUGUGCCUUAGCCGAACGAAAUAUUGUUUGCAAGCCGAUCUCAAUCUCCUUAUUUUUUGGGAAGACUUUGGGGAAUUUCGGGAUUUUUCAUAAAGUCGUAAGAAAUAUGUGUAAUAAGAUCCUGGGGAAAAUCGCCUAAGUUUUGGGGAAAUUUUGGGUAUUCCCCAAUUUAGUCAGAUUGAGAUACAAUGCUCAUCGUACUCAUUCGUUUUUCCUAGAGGACCUGAAAUUCGUGUCAAGCACGAGUGCUUAUGGCUUUUUAAAGUUUAAUGCAUGUGGAAAGCCUAUGUUACCAAUUUUUUGUUCGUUGUUUAUUAGUCUACUUCAGAAAAUCGAUCGUUUCGUCCGGUCAUUUUCAUCCCAUAUUCAUAGCAGUUUUAACCGUUAAAUACACCCCUAUAUUUUGGAUUUCGCAUAUUGGGAUCUUAUUUGAUAGUAAUAGUUAUACACCACACCGUUCCUAACUUUUCCCUUGUCUCAAGUUACGUUUGUUUUUUAGGUUUUUAUCUCAAUUAUGAAAUGUUCGCCUCUCAACCAAAUAUUAAACCAACACAUAUUCCUCCCAUUAUGGAAUGCCCACCAAUGCCUCAUCCAGCAAUGAAUGUGAAUUUCCCAACAUUUUAUUCUGGCAGUUUCGUGCAGAAUAAUAUCUCAUCUCUUGCACAGGAGAGCUUAUAUGAAAUUCAACGACUUAGACUACUUCUAACUAAUUUGUUGACUUCUAUACAAUCUGAUGAAAAAGAUCCUGAGGAAAAAAAUAAGAUUGUGGACGAAAACUUUAUGCUAUUCAAUAGGAAUGGUAGAAAAACAAACGGGUUCGUGCCAGAAUGUCGCAACAACCUCCCUCAAACUAUUGGUACGAAGAAUUUAUCGUGUGAAAAGUUAGCAUUACACAAAAUAGUCAAUCAAAUCAGUGAUGUUUUUAUUAAUUUGGAUCAACUAGCCAGUCGAAUGCAGGUCAAUCGGUUAUCUGGUCGACCUAGUGACCAUGGUUUACAAAAUGCAUUAUCUCUGUUUAACACCGUUGAACAGUUAGAAUUUAGCCGUAAUAGUUGGCUAUAUGAAUCUUCGCUAUCUCAGUACAUGGGGACCGAUGAUCACGGGAAAGAAUCUGAUUGUCGUCGUGUCGACUGGCUUAUGGAUAGAAUCGAAGCAGAACGUUGGAGUCAUAGAUAUUGGGGGCGCACUCGUACUGUGCUUGAAGGUUUACUGGCUUGCUCCGCAUUUAGACGCUCUCAUUUAAAUACAGAUCAUUCCCGCAGGCGGACGGAUUUUCUCAAUAUAAUCAAUCGAGAUUAUGGUGCUGAUUUGGAACAUUUACUCAAUGAAUUAAAUGUUAAUUUGCCCGACCUCACUAUAACGUUAAUCGAACCAUCAUCUGUUGUAUCCGUAGCACAUUUAAGAGUUGGUGAGAUAAUGCAAUGCUUUGUGACUUUUCGUCAGUUGAAUCCAGAAAGAAUUAUUGUUCCAACCGAGGAACUAUUAUCUGAUUCAGGUCUUGAUUCAUUGCCGAAAAUCCGUGAUACUGUUGUCUCUUUACUAAGUCCUGACUCGAAAGCUCGAUCACUUCCAGACCAUAGACAACAGCGAGGCUCAAAACUCAUCCGCUUUUGUAAUAUACAUCAAUCGAAGCUCGAUCUUUUUACACCAAGUCGUCAUCCAUUGUUUCGGCGUAUCACUUCCUUAGCCCAAUGUGCCCUUCUUCAUUUUUCUAAUGAAUAUAAACCUCCUUCUGCCAUUCGUGGGUUUUGUGCUUGGCUUCACAGUUAUCGCGACUUGUUCAGUGCCCCAUGCUGUCGUUGCGGCCAGCUUCUAGGUCAAAAUGUUGAACUUCCACUUUGGCGUAGUUAUCCUCAAAUGAGAAAGGAUAAUUCUCGAUCUAUGGAACCCCAACAUGAACACUGUCAAGCCAUUAUAUAA